AUGGAAGCUGAACUAGACCCAGACAUUCUGAAGAACAUGGGAAGCUGUGAUUGGAAGCUGAACCAGACCCAGACAUUAAUGAGACAGGGAGCGAACCACGUGGCCCAAGCCAGCUUCCAGGUGGACGCGUUUGGAGAGGGACCAAACUCUCACUCUGACCGUGAGAAGAGUACUUCAGGGGAUCCAGUCCCAUUGACGCCCAUACCAGUGAGACGACACCACUGUUCUCAGUGUGGAAAGAGUUUUACCCUGUUAGGGAACCUGAAAAGGCAUGAGAAGACACACACGGGAGAGAAGCCUUUCCAAUGUUCCCAGUGUGGAAAGAGUUUUACACGAUUAGGGAACCUGAAUAUGCAUGACAGAUCACACACGGGAGAGAAACCUUUCCAAUGCUCCCAGUGUGGAAAGGGUUUUACAGGGUUAGGYCAUCUGAAGGAACAUAAAAGAAUACACACAGGAGAGAAGCCUUUCCAAUGCUCCCAGUGUGGAAAGGGUUUUACCUUGUUAGGGAACCUGAAUAUGCAUGACAGAACACACACAGGAGAGAAGCCUUUCCAAUGCUCCCAGUGUGGAAAGGGUUUUACACAGUUAGGAAAUCUGAAGGAGCAUGAAAGAACACACACAGGGGAGACAUCUUACCAUUGCUCUUUGUGUGGAAAGGAUUUUGCCAAGUUAGGGAGCCUAAAGGAACAUAAAAGAAUACACACGGGAGAGAAACCUUUCCAAUGCUCCCAGUGUGGAAAGAGUUUUACACGGUUAGGGCAUCUGAAGGAACAUGAAAGAAUACACACAGGAGACAAGACUUUCCAAUGUUCCCAGUGUGGAAAGAGUUUUACACGGUUAGGGAACCUGAAAAGGCAUGAGYGAGUACAUACAGUCUUUCCAAUACGCCCAGUGUGUAGCAGGAACCGGCUCAGAGACCAGAACCAAAAACUGGGYAAAAGUUGAGAAACACAAACAGAACCAGGAAAGAAAGUGAUCUCUACUUUUCCGGAACAGAACCGUUAUUUUAAUUGGGUUGUAAACAGUUAAUAACUUUCUUUUAAAGUAACUGGCCAGUGAAAAUCUCACUUUUAAAAGUUCAUUCUGUUAACUCAUAUGUAAAUGUUGUUGACUUGUCCUAUACUUGUGUUUGUGGACAAAGCAUAAAUUGAAGAAAAACACUUCAAAAACUCCAAACAGACCAUUUAAAAAUAUUCUUGCUAUUUCCUCAUAGAACAUGAUGUCUUCUCCCUGAGGAGGAUGAGCUGGCCAAUCAGUAGUCUACUUGUAUUAAUAUUUUAAUGACUGGUAUACACCCACACCAUUCCGUUUUUUUGGGGUAGCCCACACCAUAACAACACAGAAAAGCUGCUUUUUAACAUACUUAAUAAAUACACAUUUGAAGGAAAACUAUUUCACUCAUAUUGUAAUUAAUUAUAGGUCAUGUUUCAUAGAAAUCUGGAAACACUGGGAAUUUAAUUUAAAUUCUGGCCAUUUUGUUUUUCAGUCCCACAAAAAUCGCCAACAAAGCGCUUAUGCAAAGCCUACCUGCCCUUCCCCCCUCCAGAGUUACUUGCUCUCUCCCUGUCUCAGUCGCAUCUCGCGCCCUACACUUGUUGUCUGUCCAUCAUAUAACUAGCUUGUCUGCUCCAUAGCAAGCUGCUCCGUCCACA